UUUUUAUUUGAGUGUCUUGACGACAAGAGUGUGGAAUAAAAUUGUAGUUGGUAUCAGUAUCGUGGUAGCUGUCAAAGAGAAACAAUUGUUUGAAUUAUUAAAUUAGUAGUUAAAGUAAAAAUAAAAAUAAAUAUUUCGUUCACAGGAUAUCAAUUAUUAAAUAUAAUAAGUAAUAACAUCAAUAAUUAAAUGAGUUGACAGGAGACAAGAGACAAUAAAAUAGGAAGCAAUUAAAAAACUUAUUAUUAUUUAUUUGUAUGCAUGUCUGCACAAGUAAGUGCAUACGUGGCUUCCUGUCACUUAUGUGUUGAUAACAUAAUUCAUUUAUUGAUAGUAAAAUUUAUUUAAUUAUCUCGGACGUUAAUUUAUUUAAAAACAGUAGAGCUGCGAGCUCCAUUUCCAUUGUGUUUGUCACGAGGUGUCAAGUUGAAGCGGAAUCCCUAAUUGUGAAAUAAACUCUCAGCUGAAAAUAAGGAAGUGAAAAAUAAUAUUUCAAAGAUGUUUUUCAUGCGAAAAGUUAUUUCUAGUGCUGUUAAAAGCCGCUGGACUGCUUUGAGGCAAUCACCUCUUGCUGGAAAAAAACAUAAUUUGUUAUUUGGGUUCGUUGCCUGCAGACUAGUAUCGACUCAUCAUGUCAGCAAAAAUAUUGAAGUUAUUUGUCAUGACGAUAAACCACCUACUAUACAAAAGCCUUACACUCUAGAUAAACCCAUAGACAGGCCAUUACUUGUUAUUCUUUCCUGGUUAUUUUCAAAAAGAAAACAUGUUAUGAAAUUCGCUAACUUGUAUCUUGAACAAGGUUUUGAUGUUGUCACUGUCAGUGUUUCGCCGUUUCAGCUAAUGUGGCCUGUCAAAGGUACUCGUCCAGUAGCUCAAGAUUUGUUGACAUUUUUACAUCUAAACACAAGUUAUCAACAAAUAAUGCUCCAUGGAUUUUCAAUUGGCGGUUAUAUGUGGGGCGAAUUAUUAGACUUCGUUCAUGAAGAUCGUGAUAAGUAUAAUCACGUUAUCGAUAGAAUUGUCGGACAAGUUUGGGACAGUGCUGCAGACAUAACUGAGCUUACUAUGGGCACAGCGAAAGCUGUUUUUCCACACAAUGAAAUGAUGCAGAAUAUUGCCAGGAAAUAUUUGGAGUAUCACUUAAGGACAUUCCAUGAACAGGCAACGCGAUACUACAUAAGAUCUAGCCAACUUUUUCAUUUGAAUCUCGUACGUACUCCAGCAUUAUUUUUGUUGAGUAAUGCCGACCCAGUUGGUGCAGUUGCGAGUAAUAUGAGAGUCCGUGAUUCAUGGGAUUCACUCGGUACACCGACUUAUGUUAAAAUAUUUGAAGAGUCACCCCAUGUUGGACACUUCAGAAAAUAUCCAAAGGAAUAUGUUAAUGAAAUUUAUACGUUUUUGGAUAAAUUGAAAAUGAUUAGAAAUGAGGAAAAAAUUAGGGCGCGUAUUCAAGCUUGACCCGAUAAUGAAAAAUAAUAAUUGACUACAAUCAUUUAAGUUUGUUACUUUAAUUAUAAGAUAAAUUUUUAAAAACAAAAACAAAAUUAAUUUUUA